UUUUUGAUAUUUUUUUUAUCCAAGUGAAUGUGGUUAUUGUGGUUGUGUAUAAUACUUUCGUGUUUUAAUCGUAAAAAAGAUGAGUUCUGAACCUAUGUCCCAAAAACUAUGUUCUAACCCCGAGGAUACAAUAACACUUCUGGUUGAGGAUCGAAAAAUAUUAUGUUCCAAAGUAACACUGAAGUUACAUAGUCAUUAUUUUCAUGCAAUGUUUACCAGGAAUUUCAAAGAAAGUAACGAGAAAACUAUUACUCUUAAGGAAGUUGAUGGGGAAACAAUGGAAGAAUUGCUGCGAUUGUUGGUAGACAAAGUAUAUUUGAAUAAAAUAUCUGACAUUACCAAAGUUAUAACUUUGAGUGAUAUGUUUCUUUUUGACAAAUUAAAGGAGGAAUUAGCCAAAGAAGCAAUUAGGACUCUUUCAAAAAAUAACUGCCUUCAAAUAUGGAUGGAACUGAAAUCAAUUUCAGCUUUUCCAUUAAUAUGGAAAGCAAAGAGCAUCAGUUUGACAAACUUCAAUUAUCAAAGGCAUCAUGGUUUAAUCAAUAAUCUAGAGUUAUCUCAACUUAUGAGUUAUUUAAGUCAUAUUAAUCUGCAGACUUACAAAGAAAUACAUGUAUUUAAUUCUGUGUUAGAGUGGAUUUAUUCAAAUCAUCAAAGUGUAGAUGAGGUACCUUUUCAAGAAAUUUUAGGAUCUGUUUUAAAUUUCAAAGAUAUAUCAGUACCAGAACUUAAAAAAAUCAAGUGUCAUGAUGAAAUAUUAAGGUACCCAAAUAUUGGUAAAAUUCUGGAAUAUGUUAUCGAUUUUAAGUGUGGUAAAAAUGUGGCUAUGGACAAUAAAAAUUCUCAGAUAGCUUUCUCCUGGCUUACCCCUCGAGGAAGAUAUCUACCUAAUUACCUGUGUGUUCUGAAUCUUAAACACAAAUUUGAGAUAUUUUAUCAAGGUCGUCGUAAAGAUUCUUAUAUGAAGAAAGUCGCCACUAUACCUAGUAGUAUACAGCAAUUGGUUGGCUUUGAGAUUCAAGUUCAUAAAACGAAGAUUUAUAUUUUUGGCGGAGAGUAUGUGAUGGGAAGCGGAGCAUGGAAUGAUCGAAUGUAUAAAUUCGAUUUGGAGGAACAGAAAUUGAUCGAUACAAAAUAUAGCUCUGCAAUCAAGAGAAGACAUUUCAAAUCUUGUUUGAUUGGAGAUAUCCUUUAUGUUAUUGGAGGUACUGGACCAUAUAGAAUCAAAGAAAAUAGUAUGUUGUUCUUCAACUUUAAAACAGGAAAAUGGGGACCACGAAAAAUCCAUCUUCCUUGUCAAUAUUUACAAUCGAAAUGUUGUAAUUUCAACGAGUGUCUUUUCAUCUUAGAUUUUGAUGGGAAGUGUGGCUAUUUUUUUCGUAAUGAAAAUGGACAAGAGUGGCGUAGAGUGAAGAUUUGCGAGACAGUACAAUUAGAGGAAUAUGCUCUUUUAUCAAUGUUCUCCUACAGAGGGAACUUAUUUUUGAAAGGAAGAAAGUUGGUUGAACUCGAACUUAUUGAUGGUGUCUUGAUACCGAAAAAAGUGGAUGAAUUACCGAACAACUCUUAUGGUACCUUGAUUGAAACAAUAUGCAGUCAUAACAUCGUUUACUCUCUAUAUGUGGAUGUACUCGAAUCAGAUAUAGUGAGGAUGGAAUACUUGAAUUUAGAUAAUAUGGAAUCAAAGUUCUUCAAAAGAAUUGGGCUGUUCCAUGAAUGCAAUAAGAGCAAAAGCUUCUAUCUGUCCGAAUUCUAUGGGGCUAAUCUCACACAUAACUCUGAAUCAAAGGUUAAAUUGUUUAUGCUCCAUCAUCAUAAACUUGUCGAAGAUGAGGACAUUUUAGUCGACAAUAACUGAAAAACAUUCUGACGAAACAUUUGUUGAAUAUCAUCUUCAGUUUUCCCACCAUCAUAAGGAACGAAAAGAUAUUUUCAUGUCUUCGAACCUCAAGAAGUUGAAGCUCUACUGAAUAUUGAAUGAUCAAAGCUAUCACAUUCAAGCGUCGUUCAUAUAAUUUUCAUAGUGAUUUUUAUUAUGUGAUUGGGAAUUCUAUUGAUUGAAUUAAAUUAUAGUUUUUAAUGAUAUUUUGUGAUAUUGACAAUUUGAAACUUGAUAAAUGCCAAAUAAAUUUAUAUUUUAUGGACAA